AUGUAUUUAUUUCAGACAGUUCAAUUCGUGCAAGGUCUUUUUGUACAGUCAUACGACGCAACAAUUGAGGACAGUUACAGGAAGCACUUUGUCGUUGAUGGAGAAGAUUGCCGUUUGGAGAUCCUCGACACGGCUGGUACGGAACAAUUCUCUGGUAUGCGAGAUCUGUACGUAAGAAACGGGCAAGGGUUCAUACUGGUAUAUUCUGUGAAUGAUCGCGAGUCGCUUGAGGAACUCCGGGAAAUUCGGGAUACAAUCGUUCGUAUCAAACAAGACAUCAAUGUUCCAAUGGUGCUCGUAGGGAACAAGACAGACCUUGAACGUGUGGUGCCGGCAGCAGCAGGACGAGAGAUGAGCAAGCAAUUCGGCUGUUCACUGUUCGAGACUAGCGCUAAGUUGAAUGAGAACGUUUCCACGGUCAGCUCUGUGAAAUACGAGUUUCUCAGCUGUAAUUGA